GCAUAAACGGUCUGAAACGAGGACUAUUUCGCCGGAGCCAUGCCUCGCUACGACUUAUCCCUGAUCCUGAAGGUCAUGCAGCGGCCGGAGACGGUGGCCUGUCUGCGGCGGACCGUGGAGGCUCUGUUGGAGCGGGGAGCGGUGGUCAGAGACCUGGAGAGCCUGGGAGAGAGGAUGCUGCCUUACAAGAUGAGCAAACACAGCCAAGUGCACACUCGAGGGACUUACUUUCUCAUCGACUUCUACUCUUCUCCGAAUAUCCUCAUUACAAUGCAGGACCACCUGCAGCGUGAUGUGGACGUGGUGAGGUCCACCAUACUGAAGAACGAGAAGACUCCCUCCAUCUGUGGCCUUCUGCG